ACCUGAAGAUUCGCCUGCAGACGGAGGGAGUGGCAUGAAAUGGCCAAACACAAUCCUGGAAAGGAGAAGAGGAGCCUGCAACAAUACCAACAGCAGGAGCUCCUCACUGACCCUGCAGGAGUAAAAGCAGGAGUAGGCGAUCUUCUGCAUCCUUGCAGCUUCAAAGGUCAGAGAAUGGCAGUGGCUCAUCCAUGUCCGCAGAAAAAGUGGCACGAAUGGAGGAGAGAGGUAGGGGAGAGCAGCCAGCAGUGGAUGGAAAGGGUCAACGACAGCGAGGAGGAGGAUUCUAGUGGUGAAGAGGAGGAUCUCGAAGAGGAAGGUGAUGAAUGGAAGUCUGAAAAAGAGCAAGCAAUUACGGACGAAGAGGAUGACAUGGAUGAAGAUUCUGGAGAGGAGGAGAUGUAUGUGCAGAAAUGGAAGGAAGAUUUGAAAAAUGAAAUUAGGAGAAAGCUUCAACUUGUGGUGGAAAAGCAGGACAACUGUAGGCAGAGAUGGAAGGAGGACUUAAAAAAUGAAGUCAGAAGAAAACUCAAUUUUCAAGAGACGGCGGAGAGUGAAAAAGAAGACAAUUGCGUGCAGAGAUGGAAGGAGGAUUUGAAAAAUGAAAUCAGGAGGAAGCUUCAACUUCAAGAAAAAGUGGAGAGUGAGGAAGAAGAUGAAGGAAUGGGUAGCAGAGAGGAAGAAGAUGAAGAUGCAAGAGAAGAGCUGCUCCAGAAAGAGGAAGAUAACCAGGAUGCCAAUCAGCAGGAAUGUGAACAAAAUGGAUCGUACUAUUCAGAGGAAUCUGAGGAAGAAGGAUUUCAGGACAACAAUUUGUGGCAAAAUCCACAAGAUGUAAGUCACAAAGAAGAGGAAGAACUUUCCGUUAAAUCAUUUAAGAGUGAAGAUCAUGAAGGAGGAAGUGAGAAGGAAGAUGAGAGUAAAAAUCUAUGCGGAAAUGAAAACUUUGAAGACUUGUUAGUCGAAAACAGAUAUGAAGCAGAAGAGCAAGGUGAGGAGGUGGCAGAUGAAGAAGAGUUGAUCGCUGGAUCUCUAGAAGACUUUGAUGGGGAUCAGGAGGAAGAGGAGGUAAAUGAGAGUGGAGAAGAAGAAGAAGAAGAAGAAGAAGAAGAAGAAGAAGAAAAAACAUACUCCAAAGAGGAUCACCCCACAAAUAUGUUCCUGACCUUAACGGAGUUCAGAGAUGCCUCCAUUCUCACAGACCUAAGUUUGCACACUGUAGAUGGGAGGAGCCUCCGAGUACACUCUAUCGUCCUGGCGGCGGUCAGCUCCCUCAUCUGGAGGCAGCUGAGCAGAAGGAACGAUGAAAUCGACUGUAGAGGUGAUGAGGUCAACGAUGAAGAUUAUGACUGGUCGUUGGUUCUGGGUCCAGAGGUGGAUCAUGUCGGCCUACAGGCAGUUGUGGACUUUGCCUACACCGGACACACAGACCUCUUGAACAAGCAGAACCUGGAGCAGAUAAAGACUGCGGCUCUAGCACUUGGUGCAGGUCGGCUGUUGGACCUUUGUGUUAAAGAAGAGCAGCUGUCCAAGAAACCAGCUGAAAGCGAGACAGAUGGAAGCCUCUCUGCGGCACAGCAACUGGUGAUGAAUCUUGAGUUGAUUGAACUGCUGUGGGAGGAAGGAAUUGGCUGUGACGUGACGCUGGAAGCUCGUGGCGGAUCGCUGCAGGUCCACAGAGUCAUGUUGGCUGCGAACAGUGACUACUUCCGUGGGAUGUUCACCCUGGACAUGAAGGAGUCCCGUCAGCCUUGUGUGAAGCUCCCCUACCUAUUGGAGAAUGAGCUGGAGCUCAUCAUCGGCAGCUCCUACACCGGAGUUCUUUCCCUCAGCUGGAGUUGUGUCUUUGAGAUCACCAGCACAUCUCUGCAGCUCCAGUACCAGCCUGCCCUGAUCCUGUGUCUCACCUUUCUGAAACAGGAGAUAUGCCCCGAUACCUGCCUGGAUGUGGUAUCCUUUGCUCAAGCUUACCAAAUCACUGAUCUCCUUGAAAUUGCUGAAGAUUACGUGUUGAGGCAAUUUCAAAGGGUAGCAUGCACGUCAAAAUUCAAGGACCUGCCAGCUAGGCAACUCCUGGGGUACCUAAACAGCCUUUCCCUCUGUGUGCCGUCGGAGCUCGUCGUGUUCAAAGCUGUGGUCACGUGGAUCCUCGCACAGCCCAUGAAAAGGCUCAGACUGGCAAAGGAGCUCAUGAAAACAGUCCAAUUCCCCCUGAUGACAUUCAAGGAGUUCAAAGAGGUCCGCUACCAGAACAUGUGGUCCGAUCACAACUUGACUGAGCUGUAUGAGGCAAUCUUUGAAGACUUCUGUUCCAACAACACGCCUGUGCAGAACCAGUGCCGCAUCUAUCUGCCUAAAGAGAGUGUGGUUCUGAUAGGAGGCGACCAGAUCUCUCCGGACAUGGCGAGCCGCAGCAUCAGCAGCCAACUAUGGUUUGGAAAUUCGCUGAGGAACCACACAGGGGUGAAGAAGGCCAUGGAGUGGAGACAUCUGGGGGAGAUGCCAGAGACACCCAGGUAUGGUCACGAGGUGGCUGUGCUUCACGGACUACUGUAUAUUUUCGGAGGCAAGAAGUACUAUGGCACUGGGGACACCUUGAACUCCGUUUACAGGUAUGACCCGCUACAGAAUGUCUGGCAGUGCAUUCAGGAGAUGCAGGAAAAAAGGUGCUCAUUCUCCGUGGUCGUACUAGACGAAAAGAUAUACGCCAUUGGGGGACAUUGUGAGCCGUAUCACAUGGACAGUGUUGAGUGUUACUGUCCAACCACAAACUCCUGGAGCUUUAGCCGGCCCUUGGAUCUGCCUCUGAGCGGUCAUGUAGCAAGAGUUUGCCAGGAUCAGAUCAUCGUGACAGGCGGUGGAAACAGCGAGUCCCUGUGCCUCGCCUCCACAUUUGUGUACCGCCCACAGACAGGAAGCACCCCUCUGGCUAACCUGAUCCAACCUCGCGCUCGCCACUGCAUGGAGGUCCUAUGGGAACGUCUCUACGUAGCCGGUGGAAUCAGCUCGCAUGACAACACAAACGCAACAGAUCUCCUGACGUGUGAAGUGUACAGUCCUGCCGCUAACUCCUGGACUGCUUUCCACUCUCUGCCGGUGCCGCACGUGGGAGCAGGAAGUGCAGUUUUGGAGGGAAAGUUUUACGUGCUGGGCGGAUACAGCCAGGAGGACUUCAGUGACACCAGCAUCAUCCAUCGUUAUGACCCCCACAUACAUAAGUGGGAGAUCAUGGGCAAAAUGCCCGGGCCAAACAACGAUCUGAGGGCGUCUGUGCUGUGUUUGCCACAGCAUUUUCGAAUUUAAAAUUUCAACACAGAUGACUGACGAAUGAUUUAGCUUGAAAAUUACUCACAAGUUUCUACACUGUUUUUUCAUCAUGUUCUCAUUCUUAAAUGUUUUCUCUACAGAUAAUGAUGUGUUUUGUGAAUAAAUGACACAUUUUGAUUAAAUUCUUCUUUUAUAAAAGAUUCUAAUAACAUUGUUCAACCACAUCGGUUCAAAACGCCGGUAAAAGAAAUGGAAAACUUGUUAAGAAAAGUUUAUUUUUUAAAUCUGUAGUGUAUAUAUUUAUUUCAUUUUUGAGAUCUUACUUUAAAACAUGUUAAAUAUUUGUAUCAUCCACAGUUUUAUUGGAACUGCAAUAUCUGGAUUCACUGAGCUAAACAGAUUUUGGUUUUGUUCUGGUCAAAUUCAGAUUUGGUUUUGGUUUAUUGCAGCUUUGCUCAUGGUCCAGUUUAAAGUUACAAGUAGUUUUGGUUCUGGUCUGAACUAUUUGAAUAAAGGUUUGGCCCUGAAAUAUUUUAACUUUGGUCCUGGUCUGGACCGGUUAUACUUCUGGUCUGAUCCAGGUUGGGUUCUGACCUAAUAAAGCUUUGGUCCUGGUCUGAACCUUGUUUAAUUUUGGUCUGGUACAGGUUUAGCUCUGACCUAAUGCAGCUUUGGUACCAAUCUAAUCUGGGCUUGAAACUAGUUAGAUGAAGGUUUGGUCCUGGAAUAUUUUGAGUUUUGGACACGGUCUCAGAUUUGGUUCUGGUCUGAACAAGGUAUAGUUCUGGUUUGAACCUGGUCUGAACCUUAUUUAAUUUAGGUCUGGUACAGAUUUAGAUAAAAUCUAAUGCAGCUUUGGUACCAGUCCAAUCCGGGUUUGAAACCUGUUAGAUUAAGGUUUGGUCCUGGAAUAUUUUCCACUUUGUUCCUGGCCUAAUUCAGAUUUGUUCGUCGCCUGGACCACAUUCAAUACUGGAUUGAUCCAGGUUUGGUUCCGGUCUAAUAAAACUUAUAUCUUGAUCUGAACUUGGUUCAAUUGUGGUUUGAUACAGGUCUGAUUUGGUUUGAUGAUAUACGUUUGAUGUUGCUCUAAUCCAGAUUUGGUGCUGGUAGGAACGCGCUUUGAAUUUCACCUUGAACCUGUUUGGUUCAGGUAUAAUACAGCUUUUGUUUUGGUCUGGACUAGGUUUAAAUCUUGUCUUGUCAGGUUUGAUCUUGCUUUAAUCCAGGCUUGGUGCUAAUCUAAACUAGUUUUGGACCUUGUUUAAUCCAGGCUUGGUCUUAGACUGAUACACUUUUGGUUCUGGUGUAAACCAGAUUUAAAUCAGGACUAAUAAAUCUUUUGUCUUGGUUUAAUUUAUGUUUGGUUAUAUUUUUUUAUCCUGUUUUGGUUCUAGUACAAUCCAGGUUUGGAUCUAGUUUGAUACCAGUUUGGUCCUAGUCUAAUCCGGCUUUGGUUUUGAUCUGAACCAGAUUUGAUGUAGUGUGAUCCAGCUUUGAUUCUUGUCUGAACCACCUUAAAUUCUGGCUUGGUAGAGGUUUACUGCUGAUCUAACCCAGAAGAGAUUAAGGUCUGGUCCAGAUCUGGUUGUGUACCUAAACUUUACAGAUGAACUUUUAGCAUGGUUCAUUCUAACCUGCUCCCACAUCUGUCCAGCAGGAUUUUAGGGGCGGAGUUUGACUGUUUUGUUACGUAGUGUCGUUUUUUUGAUGGACAUGUCACGAAGAAUCGGUGGAAUCCUUUCGUGGUUGAAGUUUUAAGUCUUCCUCUUCUUUACUCUAAGUUUGAGGAAAAGAAAAAAAAAUCCUUUGUCUAAAAGACAAAGGAACUGGAGACAAAACCAACCAGUCGGUCAAAUUGAUGUUUUUAUUUAAGCUGAUUAGUGCUGCACAAAUCCACCAGGAGUUGUCGUUUUUACACUAUUAACUGAUCUACUCCUGGUUGAUGAAUGUUGUUUUUUUUACGUCUUUGAUGUUUGUCCAUUUUUUUCUUUUGGGGGAGGGUUUGCUCUCCUGUUUGCAUUUGGUGCUUCACAGAAGGUUUUACUCAAAAGAACUGAAGACUGACCCUAAAACUGAAAUAUCAGAUUAUCGGUUGACGGUGAAAGUUAUAGUAUGAAUGACCUUCUGAGCCUUUUUUCUAGAAGAAAUUCUGUUUUCCAUUUUAAUAAAGAUGAGUUUUAUCUUCAACAAGAUCUACAAUUCCUUCAAAAUAUAUUGUAUCUGACAGUUGAAAGCAAUACUUUUUUAGGUCGUUUUGGACGUAUA